AUGUUCAUCUUAUUCGACUUUGUCGUUCACAACCCAACGCAUUCGGAGACAUCUAGCAACCUAGCAUUAUUAGAAGUUGCCGGUGGUCAUUUCAGCCGACUCGAAUACGUCACAGGGGGUUCGCUACCUAGCUCGAUCUUGGCUGAAUUUGCAUAUCUCGCUCGAACAUUCGUUCGUAGCCACGAACAGCAGAACGGGGACGAUCAGCCUCUUCCUACUACGGUCACAGAUCACCCAGUGGCUAGGCAGGAGCCUAACUCCGAGCGGAGACCGUAUGGAUUGGAAACUCCGACGGCCAAUGGGGCUCCAAUUUCGGUGGACCCGCAGGAGUCAACGCCGCUUCAUCUUUCGUCGUUUGACCAUAUGACACCGGAAAUUGAAUUUCCUCCAGGAUUCAAUGUCAUGGAUCUCUUCGGAACAUCGGUCCCAUUCGAUCAGUAUUUUCUCUUCGACAAUGUCUAA